UUUUAGUUCAGAUUUUAUAUUACAGUAUAUGGCCGUAACAUUGAGAUUUUUUGGAUCUGUGGAAUGGGCGCAAUUUUGAGAUUUUCUAGAUGUGUGUAAUGGCCGUAACUUUGACCAAAUGCCUAUACAAGUUCUAUUAUUUUUAUUGAUUUGCAAUUUGAAUAUUUUCAUGUCGCAGAAGUUAAACUGUGUUCAUUUAGGAAGAUUGCUGUAUUUAUAGGAACUGAAAAGGGAAAAAACUGAUCAGUUUUGACCUUGUUCGGUUGCAAAACACAGAUUCUCUCGUUUUGCUAACAGAGCCUGUAGAGAACCUUGGCGGUGAUAGAGUUUGGCUGCAAUUUCAAUAAAUGAGUCAUGUUUUGCCGGCGGAAAAGGUUGCUCUCCAUAUUCUUGGUUGGAGUUCACCGAUUUGGUCCAUCUUAUCCAUUAAACCAUCUGGCUCUACCUCAAUACUUCACUAAUCAUUUCGUAACUCCCCAGUCACCAUCAAUACUGGACGAUGAUUCAUCAUGGUCUUUCAGGUUAGGGUUUCCUACCUUUGGAGUCUUUUCUUCCUCUUUUACUUCCCUGAGCAACAAACAAUUGGAAGUCCCUUAUUUGGACAAUAAAGAUGGUCAUACCAAAUAUGAAGCUUGUAGUGAUAGUGAUGAAGACAAUGGUGGACCUAUAGUCCACGGAAGCCGAAAUUAUUUAACUGGAAGUCUCGAAAGAAUAAUGGGUAUUUUACGAAAUCCAGGGGCAAAUGCAUCUCAAGUGAAUAAGCAGCUUGAGGAAUGUCAUGUAAAGGUUGUGCCUGAGCUAGUAUCGGAUGUCAUUUCUAGGGUUCGUAAUGACUGGGAAUUGGCAUUCACAUUUUUUCUUUGGGCUGGGAAGCAACCAGGCUACUCACAUUCUGUGCGUGAAUUCCACUCCAUGAUUGCUAUACUUGGGAAAAUGAGGAAGUUUGACACGGCAUGGGCAUUAAUUGAUGAGAUGAGGGGUGGGAGGAAUGGACCGUCUCUAGUUACUCCACAGACACUCUUGAUCAUGAUAAGGAAAUAUUGUGCUGUUCAUGAGGUUGGAAAAGCUAUCAGUACAUUGUAUGCACACAAGCGGUUUAACUUUGAAAUAGGAACAGAGGAAUUCCAGAACUUCCUCUCUGCCCUUUGUAGGUACAAGAAUGUAAGUGAUGCUGAACACUUGCUGUUUGCGAACAAAGAAGUGUAUGGUUUGAAUACCAAGAGUUUCAAUAUCAUUCUCAAUGGAUGGUGUAAUAUUGUUGGUGACCUUCGUGAAGGGAAGAGAAUUUGGAGGCUGAUGAAGGAGAUGGGGAUUCCCCGUGAUGUUUUCUCAUAUUCCAGCAUCAUGUCUAGCUAUUCAAAGUCUACUAAUCUCAAUGGAGUGCUCAAGCUUUUUGACCAAAUGAAAGGACAUGGUAUUAGCCCUGAUAGGAAAGUAUACAAUGCAGUAAUUCAUGCUCUUGCUAAGGGAAAGCUGAUGAAAGAAGCUCGGAAUGUAAUGAAGUCGAUGGAAGAGAAGGGUAUAUCUCCUGAUGUGGUCACUUACAACUCAUUGAUCAUGCCCAUUUGUAAGCACCGUCUGUCACAUGAAGCCAAGGAGAUAUUUAAUGAGAUGACACAACGAGGCAUAACCCCAACUGUACGAACUUACCAUGCUUUCUUUCGAAUCAUGAGGAUGGAAGAAGAAGUUUUUGAACUCUUGAAUAACAUGCAUGUAAUGGGCUGUCAGCCAACACAUGAUACAUACAUCAUGCUGAUUAGGAAAUUCUGCCGUUGGGAAAAAAUUGAUAGUGUUUUCAGAUUGUGGACUGAUAUGAUCAAGAAUGGGCUUGAUCCUGACCGAAGCUCUUACAUUGUGCUGAUACAUGGACUCUUUCUGAAUGGAAGGCUUGAGGAUGCAAACAGAUACUAUUUGGAGAUGAAAGAGAAAGAUUUAUUACCAGAACCAAAGAUUGAAAAAAUGCUUCAGGCUUGGGCUGCUAGUAGGCAAGCAGCAGGGCUAUCGGUGACAAGUUCAGAGGAGAACACAGGGUGUUUUAGUAACCCAGUAAACAAAACUAGAACAAAACCCCAAAAAAGUGAUAGAGGAAAGGAUUUUUUGCGACAACCUGAAAGUAGAGCAGUCACAAGAGAACACGGCUUUUCUUUUUGGGAUGAAUAGCAUGAUUGAUUCUUAAAAGUUUUCAAGCAUGUUCAUUUGGACUGGAAUUUUCCGACACAAGUUGAGGUUGCUCUAAAAGCUGCUGAUGGAGAUUUGAAUGUUGCCAUGGAGGUUCUGAUGACCCAAAAGGAAUAGUUUCCAUGACAAGGCUGACUGAAUCAAAGACGUUAAGUGAUGUCUUCUAAACCUAUAAAGGCCAGAGUGAUGAUAUUCCAGUACCCUCAUCCUUGUGUAUUCAUGAUUCUUAUAUUUGUCAUUUCUCAGUAAACUGAAUUGAGACUGGCAUAUUUAGGUUGAGGUAUUCCUUCGUCAUACAUCUCAGCAACGUGGUGAAUUGCCUCUAAUCGACAUGUUUGGCUCCGCAGAUAACAUUCUGGAGCUUUUGGACCAUAUCAAAUCAGGUGUACUGAUGUACAAAAACUUACCCUUGUGGCCACACACUCAAAGAACAAUUCCUCUUGCCUUAACUUUUCAAAUGGUUCCAAGUUUUAUGUCACAUGAACACUUUCUCCAGUACAAAGUUGUCUUGCCUCUAAUAUGAAAGAGUGCUCCCCAUUAAUAAUAGGGAAAUUAUCUAUGACCCCCUUGGGAAAUUAUCUAUGACCCCCUUUGGAAAUUAAUAAUAGGGAAAUUAUCUAUUACUCACACCCAUGCACUGUAAAAAAUGCACUCUUAUCCCCUCAUUAUCUUUUAAUGAUGGUUAAGCUACUUUUAAUUUACUUUAGAUAAAUUAUAGAUAUAGUAUUGUAACUUUUCAUUGUGUCCGCUUUUAAUGUUGAAUUUUAUUGAACUACAUAUUUGAUAUGUAUAAUUAAUAAAUUUGUUUAUAAUAAUUAAUAAAGACCCUUCCCUUGGAAAUCAAAUUUAAUUCAACAAUAUAUGAUCAAAACCGACUUACUCUAGAUAGUUCGCUUUAUGUCUUUGGAUGUGAACUAUCUAGAGUGAGGUAAGGUUUGAUCAUUUUUUGUUUCAUCAAGUUCGAUUUCCGAUGGAAGAGUCUUCAGUGUGCAUAAAUUUAUUACUUAUCCAAUCAAAGUGGUCACAAUCAAAAGUUACAGGAACUAUGUUUAUAAUUCUCUAAACGUAAAUUAAAAGUUACUCAACCAUCAUCAGAGGAUAGGGAGGGGGUAAAAGUACAUUUUUUAUAAUGCAAGGGUGUGAGCGAUGAUUCGCCAAG